AUGGCUCUUGUUCGUGACCCAUAUUUUUGGAAACGAUUUUCGACCGCUGUCCACCUGCAAGAAAUCGAAGCCAAGAGUGACGCCGAAUGCAUCUCACCUGUCCGAAAAUCCGAUUCCUGGCUGGAUCGUGAACGCCGGAAGCGCAAGCGCACGCUAAUCUGGGGGUUUGUCAUCUUCUUUGGGGUGUUGUUAGUAGUGAUUGGCGCGAUCAUCGUCUGGUGGCUGGCGAGACACCACUGGAUGCAGCGGAUCGAGCCAUAG